AUGUUCUUCUCUGCCAACCUCGUCUCUCUCGCUGUCACCCUGAGUGCCAGCCUCUGCUCGGCCACCGGCAACCUUCCUUCUCGCUCCACCCAAGAGUACGACGCCUGGAAGAGAAUCCUCGACGGCCCUGCGUUCCAAAAGGCUAGCAAUGUUGUGUUCAACCACACCUCUACCGUCCCGGAGAUCCUCACCAAGUAUAACAUCUCCUACGAAGAGUUUGCUGAAGAGGCCUGCCUGAAGGGCAACGCAACCCCCUCGCACGUCGAGGUAUAUUAUCGGCUGCGCAACCAAACAGACGAUCUGGAUUGCCCGAUGGUACCCUACCAACUUCUCUCUCACGGCCGAACGCUCCAAGCAAACUACACGUUCGCCCAGGCGACAUAUGGCCCCGUGCUCGGGAACUUCACUGCAAAGAGCCAAGCCUGCGCAGCGAACCGCCGCAAGCUCGAACUGGCCCUGGUGGACCCUGCGCUCGAAGAACGCGGGCUGACCAUCUCGUCCUUCGCCAACGCACGCCAGUACUGGUUCUCGGCCGGAGUCACGGCGGGCUUGUUCUCCAUCGCCUGCACCCUGACGCUCAGCCUGAACGACAACCCCCAGUACACCGCGGUCAACACCGCCGCAUGUACCACGCUCAUUACAAUCACCUUGCUGAGCAUGGUCAAUGUGUACAUGAAGACCAACGUCGGAUCUGUCACCAUUGCCAAGAACACGUACAAACAGUCCCUCAUCAACGCCCAUGUCGCCGGCAAUCUCGCCAUCGGCAUCAUCGGAAACAACAUCGCCGUCGAUGUAGCCAACAACGGGCGCUCGCGCAGCCGACGAGCCCGAUCUCGACAGUCCCCUCCCCAUCCAGCACGGCUUCCUCCCCCGCAACCUGACACUGCGCGAAUACAUCUCGGCAAACUCCACGCACCGCGCCUAAUGCACUACGACGGAGCCCAAAUCGGCCGGGGUCCCAACUACACCGGACCAGUCGAGUUCUGGCACGAACCACACCCGCACAACAAGAGCUCCGCGAUAACAUACUACGGCCUCCCUCUCGCCUCGACAGCCUCGGAAAUCCACACGCAGCAACAGAACCGGCGGCAAGGCCUCCCCAUCCCCCUCCAGCGCCGCCAAACAUGCUCGACCCUCACGGACUCCGUGGAGCUCGGCGUCCUCGACACAAUCGACCUCUCCUGUCCCGAGCUGAGCUUCUUCGGGAAUUGGUACGGCGACCCCGGCGCCAUGUACUACGGCGCCACGCAGUAUAAUCCGGCGCAGAGCGCGGCCUGGGCGUGGGACGGCGGCACGGAUAACCUCGACUACAACGGGUUCGUGGGCUUUAUGAACGACAUCACGGCGGAUAUGGUGGCGAACCAGGCGUGGAUGGGCUGCCUGUGCAAUGUGGAGAACAGGCAGUGGUAUAGGACCGGCAGUUUGCAGCUGUCGUGGUCGAACUUGUAUAUUGGGUUUGGGCUGUGCUGGGCGGCGAAUUGUGGGCAGGGGUACUAG